AUGGCGACUCCCGAGAUCCCUAAAAAGCAAAAGGCCGUCAUCUAUGACCAGCCGGGCACAGUCUCCACCAAGGUGGUAGAGAUCGAUGUGCCGGAACCCGGUGCCGGGGAGGUUCUUAUAAAUCUGACGCACUCUGGCGUGUGCCACUCUGACUAUGGCAUAAUGACAAAUACAUGGAAAACGCUCCCCUUCCCAACUCAGCCGGGUCAGGUUGGAGGACACGAGGGUGUUGGCAAGAUUGUCAAACUCGGUGCGGGCACCGAGACCUCUGGUCUGAAGGUGGGCGAUCGAGUCGGUAUCAAAUGGGUCUCCAGUGCUUGCGGGAACUGCCAGCCCUGCCAGGCGGGAUCGGAUGGGCUGUGCUUUAACCAGAAAGUCUCUGGCUAUUAUACACCAGGAACAUUCCAGCAGUACGCGCUGGGACCCGCCAACUAUGUGACUCCGAUUCCCGACGGGGUGGACGACGCCGAGGCAGCCCCCAUGCUCUGUGCUGGUGUGACGGUCUACUCGGCUCUGAAGCGCAGUAACGCACGUCCCGGCCAGUGGGUGGUGAUCUCUGGUGCAGGAGGCGGUCUAGGCCACAUUGCAGUGCAGCUAGCCAGCAAGGGCAUGGGUCUUCGCGUGAUUGGGAUCGACCACGGUAGCAAGGCAGACCUCGUCAAGCAGUCUGGGGCUGAGCACUUCGUCGACAUUACCCAGUUCCCCAAGGACGACAACGGUGCAGCCUUGCAGAAGCACGUCCAGUCGUUGACUGAUGGACUGGGUGCUCAUGCAGUCGUUGUCUGUACGGCUGCGAACGCCGCGUAUGCACAGGCUCUGCCGCUGCUACGCUUCAAUGGUACCCUGGUCUGCGUCGGAAUCCCGGAGCAUGAACCUCAGGCGAUUGCGACCGCGUUCCCAGGAUCAUUCAUUACUAAGCACUACACAGUGACCGGCUCGGCGGUAGGAAAUCGCACUGAAGCGAUUGAGACGUUGCAGUUUGCUGCUCGUGGCAUCCUCAAGGCUCAUUAUCGCGUCGAGAAGAUGGAUGGUCUGACGUCAGUGUUCCAGGAGAUGGCUGAAGGGAAGUUACAGGGCCGUGUGGUGCUGGAUCUGUCCGAUUAG